AUGGUCAUGACAUCCUGCAGUGCCAGAUUUCAGUACGACAACCCCAUUGGCAAUGACAGACUUCGUCUUGUCCGCAUUCUGGGCUGCGGGAGUGUAACGACCGAUCGGCUGAGCCUUCUUCUCGAAGAGCACCCCCUCAGUAGUCUCCCAGCAUACAAUGCCCUCUCUUACACUUGGGGUUCGCCCAUCGCAGAAGCAAGGUUCUCGCCAGAACCCAUUCCAGUGACAAUCCUCCUCAACGGCUUUGAAUUCGACAUUUUCCCAAACUUGAACGAUGCUCUACGGUGGAUCAGAGCCCGCGACUCGUGCGAUCUGUACUGGAUCGAUGCCAUUUGCAUCAACCAGUCCGAUACCGCAGAGCGAGGAAUUCAAGUGGGAAUCAUGGACCAUGUCUACAAGCUGGCCGCUCGCGUCGACAUCUGGCUUGGCUCCGUGAGCGACGAGCAUUAUCCCGCCGAAGUUUCCCGGUUGAUCAAAACAAUGUCCGAUAACACGCGCGCCAAUUUCGAGUACACGUCAGAAAACACCUUCGAUAAAGAUGCCUUGAUGAAGUACGGGCUGACGGGUAUAUCGGAGUGCAUCUGGUACGCCUUCAUUGCCUUUUUCGACAGGAAAUGGUUCAAUCGUGUCUGGGUUGUGCAGGAAGUGGCAUUAAGCAAAGACGCCUGUGUGCUCUGGGGCGACGAAAUAAUCCCAUGGAGGACAGUCGCGUAUUGCUCCGAUUUCCUAUACGACAGUCGCCUGUACGAGCAGCUUUCCGAGAUGCUGUACGACAACAACCCGUCCGUCAAGGGCAUUCACGUAGGCAGCAAUUCAUCAGGCAUUGUCGCAAUUCAGAGGUGCAGGCACGACAUUCUUACAGGCUGGGACAGCAUGACGCUCGAUCACAUCGUCGGGACUUCCGGCAGCGUCAGCGACAAUCAAGGCAACAGGUACAAAAGCGCCGGUGCCUUGCUUUUCCUGAUGCUCCGUUUGACAUGCGGCGUCGACGCAAGCGACCCCAGAGACCAGGUUUUUGGCCUCAUGGGCAUCCUCAAUCUGCUGCUGGACAUUAGCGGUCGCGAGAGAACAGAGUUGGAGCCGGAUUAUCGCGCAUGCUCGACCGCCGUCAGUGUUUUCACCGACGCCGCCAUGUUCAUCAUGGAAGAAACUCAGAAUCUCACUCUUCUGACUGCUAUUCCCGACGACGCGGUCAAGGAGGUUUUCGGUCUCCCGUCAUGGGUACCUGAUUUCGCAGCAAACGGACCGUCUGCGUUUCUAGCCUUGAGAUGGCCAGCUAGCGAGGCAUAUUUCGAUGCUUGCCGAGCCGCUCCGGCUAACUUCCAUGUCGAGGAUGACAGCAUCUUGCACGUCAAGGCGUUCUGCGUCGGGACAGUGUCUCUGGUCGGGGAGGUGUACUCCGAACUGGCCGUCAACGGAAGCUUUACUCAAUGGGCCGACUUCUUACUGCAAUGCGACCCAGUCUACAAGCCAACCAACCAAUGCCGCGUCGAGGCAUUCUGGCGAACCUUGAUCGUCGACCGCGACGCCUUUAACCACCCCGCUCCCACCAGCCUGCAGAAAGCAUUUCAUCACUGGAUUUCAGACCACGUCGUGUGGGAAGUUUACUGCGCCAUGAAGAAAGGAACAGAUACCGCUGAUUACAUGACCCGUCUGCAAAGCAUUCAGAGAUUGGCAGAUUCGGAUGUCAGCAAGACGGUCCCAAGCUGUGAAGUCAUUGAGUCCUACCUCGAGAGGCUGCGGGAGAUGGACAAACAGGAAGAGGCCGAGGGCCUGUUUGAGGGGUUUCGGCAUCAAUGCCAGGCAUACGUCAACCUCGCGUUCGAAACACUCUGGGACCGACGUCCCUUCUUGACAGAUACGGGGUAUCUUGGGCUUGGGUGUCAGUCAUUACAGCUAGGCGACUCACUUUGGAUAGUUGCAGGUUGCCCUUCGCCCAUGGCUCUUCGAGGGCUUCCGACGUCUGGUUUUCACCGAGUGGUAGGAGAGGCAUACCUGCACGGCAUUAUGCAUGGAGAAGCGGUAAGUGAACAGGCCGAAUGGCGGGAAAUUUGUAUCAAGUGA